UGUUCAAUCGAAAGAGAAAGCAGCUCUCAAAAUGAACAGAUUGAUUGUGUUGGUUCUUUGCCUGACAGCCACAGCCCUCGCUGUGCCUCCAAUUUGGGAUCCAAAAGGCCCAUGUGGGAAGAGCAAGUACCCCGAUGCAGGAGACUACUUCCUACCCUCCCCCUCCAUCGUUGGGGGCAUCGAAGCCAGACCAAAUGAGUUCCCUUGGCAGAUCAGCCUGCAGUCCUCAACAGGUUCCCACAGAUGUGGAGGUAGCAUCAUCAAUGAUCAGUGGAUCAUAACGGCGGCUCACUGCGUUGAAGGACUGAUUCCAAGUAGUUGGCGUAUUGUAGUCGGGCUCCACAAAAAAAUUAGUGGCACCAACGAUCCUGCUGUGAAAACGUUUCAAAUUGAAAAAUGGGUAAUUCACGAGAAAUAUGGUACACCGAGAUAUGCCAACGACAUCGCCCUCAUAAAAGUUAAAGGCAACAUAAAAUUUGAUGCAAAUGUUUCACCAGUUUGUGCCCCUGAAUCCAAGGACCUGUACACACACGUUAAAUCUGCCGUUUCUGGAUGGGGAGCUUUGGCUUCAGGAAGCGUCACAAAGGUCGACGGUUUGAGAUACACAACGGUCAACACAACCACAAACGCCUACUGCUCAGGUAUUUAUGGACCUCUCAGUAAAAUAACUGAUGACAUGCUGUGUGCUUCAGAUAAUCGCAACAGCGCUGAAAGGGACUCAUGCCAGGGUGAUUCUGGCGGUCCUCUGGUCAGAAAAGAGAAAGACGGAACAUUCAGUCUGAUUGGCAUUGUUUCGUGGGGCAAAGGUUGUGCCAGCAAAUAUCCAGGAGUGUAUGCCAGGGUCAACUAUUUCGAAGAUUGGAUUCUCAAGAAUAUUAAAGCAUAAAUUUAUUUACUACGAACUUACAUUCCUAAAUUAUCCUUAAUUGAUAUUAUUUUAUGACUAAAUUCUAAUGUGAAGAUCAUUUAAAUAAAUUAAUCAAAUCAGCUGUUUGUUAGCAUACAUUUCACCAUGCACCAAAUUCAUGUUUGUUGGUUUUUUUAAUCGUGGUUUCGGAAUUCUGGAAACCGUCUCUAUCAUUAUUCCAUGCAAUGGUGAUGCAAAAUUAUAGUUGAAAUUUUUUUCAUCCAUAUUAAUAUGACAAAUAAAUUUUUCAUAAUUACAACUUGCCUUUACUUAGUUUUUUUUGAAUUUGAAUUCAAUUAAUUUGAAAUCAUUAGCAUUAAUCCAGCGAAAAAAUUAUUAAAUUUUAUCAUAAUUAAUUAUGGUAAACUUGGAAUAGAAAUCUUGUUUCUCUUUUUUCAAUAAUGACCGAAUUUCCGAAAUAAAAUAUUAGUUUUCAUGAAAUUUUUAA